GGUGGAGGAGUGUCAGAUCUCAGGAGGUACAACCAGUUGGGAGUAAGGCAGGAGGAUCUGAAGAGAGAAAGUGUUAAUUAAGCCCUUCAGAUGAUCUUCCUUCUUCAUCUCCUCAUGACAUCAGCCACUCAAGGAGGCGAUGCCAGGACUCACUCUCUGCGAUAUUUUCGCCUGGGGGUCUCCGAUUCCAGCCAAGGGAUCCCUGAAUUUGUUUCAGUUGGCUAUGUGGAUUCUCAUCCUAUCACUUCAUAUGACAGUGAUAGAAGACAGAAGAUGCCCCAGGCCCAUUGGAUGGAAGAGAACUUGGGAUCUGAUCACUGGGAGAAAUAUACUCAGCUUUUGAGGGGCUGGCAGCAGACAUUUAAAGUAGAACUGAGGGCCCUGCAGAAUCAUUACAAUCAUACUGGAGGAUUUCACAUCUACCAGAGGAUGAUUGGCUGUGAGUUAUUAGAGGAUGGUAGUGCCACAGGAUUUCUCCAGUAUGCAUAUGAUGGAAAGGAUUUCAUCGUUUUCAAUAAGGACUCUCUGUCCUGGAUUGCUGUGGAUAAUGUGGCUAGACUCACUAAGCAGGUCUGGGAGACCAACCAGAAUGAGUUACGUUAUCAGAAGAAUUGGCUGGAAACAGAAUGCAUUGCCUGGUUAAAGAAAUUCCUGGAUUUUGGAAAAGAUACCCUGCAACGGACAGAAACCCCAUUACUCAGUGGAAGCCACAAAAAGUCAUCUACUGGGAUUACAACUCUCAUCUGCAGAGCCUAUAGUUUCUAUCCCCCAGAGAUUACCAUGACCUGGAUAAAAAAUGGGGAACCGAUAACCCAAGAAAUUGAAUAUGGAGACAUUCUUCCCAGUGGGGAUGGAACCUAUCAGACCUGGGUAUCAAUAGACAUUGAUCCUCAAAGUAAAGAUCAUUAUUCCUGCCAGGUGGAGCAUAAUGACAUGCUCAAGGUCCUCCAUGUGCCAGUUGAGUCAAAGACCAGCUCUCCAUUUGUGGAAAUUGUUUUUGGGUUGACUAUUAUUGCCUUAUUUCUGAUUGGUUUGGGAAUUUUUGUUUACAGAAGAAAACAAUCAGGUCUUAAAGAAGUCAGCUACAUUUCUACACCAGUUAACUAAUUUAGAUGCUACCUUCAUAUCUCUCUUUCCUUCCAAUGGUCAUAGCUCCUCUACAUGUGGCCUGGGGUACAGUAUCAGAAAAUAUCUGACUAAACCCCCCCAGAGGAUAUUGGAAAGAAGUGGUGUACUACAAUGGAUAGAAGACCCAACUUGGAGUCAGGAAGACUUGUGUUCAAAUCUCACUUCAGAUACUUGUUAUGUGAUUCUGGGCAAGUCACUUUAACCUCUUGGUGCCUCAGUUACCCUAUCUGAAAACUACAAACUGAAGGGAUUGGACUAAAGCUGUGCCAAGAUAUCUUCUUUGAGCUCAAAAUCUAUGACCUAUGAUGACAGAAAUUUGGGGGGUACUGGAGUUGAAAUCCCAUAAUUAUCUGGUUAUACCCCAAAUGUAGGUCUCUGAAAUACUGGCAGUUUAGGGUACUUUGAUUCACAACACAUGACAGCUGGGAUGAAUCAUAUCUGAUGAAUGGAUAUCACAUCUCCCUUGAUCUAAUUUAUCCAUGGAUUUUGAACACUGUCAUGAGAAUCACCUCAGAUGCCAUAGUGAACUUGGAACUGACUCAGUAAGCAGUGUGGGAAUACCCAGGAUUUCCAUUGUGUGUUACAGACUAAACCUGAACUUUGUAUGUGUUCCCUGUGGCUGAGAAGAAGCUCCAGUAGCUGAAUUUUCCUGGUAAUGUUGGCCUAUAUGCAGACAUCAUUGAGACUUUGCCUGGCUUUAUCUGUGAGCAUUUUUCCCAGACUGAUUUAAAUAAAAGUUGGGUAACAUUCAAAAA